AUGGAGCCUCCAGCUAGCCCCACCCUGCUCUACAUUGGAGACAGAUGGAGAGUGAGGAGGAACCGGUUCCAGUGGAAAGUUGGACCUUCGGUGGAGACAGAGGAAGGCUGGGAAGCCGAGAAAGGCAGACAGCAUUGUACAUGGCAUGGCCCCGGAUCUUUGGCGCCGAGCCUGGCUUUGGGCCAUUCUGUGCCUCCCCCUUCCUGUGGGGGCUGCGUCCCGAAGGCACACAGAGCACGGCUAGAGGAGGGAGAGGAGACCCUGAACCCUGUCUCUGAUUCUCCAGGAGAGCCCCUUGACAGUGCUGGUGUGGGUGAUGUCCCGCCGAAGCCAGAGCACCCGGACAUGAUGUUUGAGUUACUGUGGCCAGGGCUGCGGCUGGACCCCGUGGGACAGUUCCACCUCCUGGAUGAGGAGCUGGCAUCCACUCGCCCUGGCCGACGGCUCACCCUCUUCCUUCAGCGUUGGGUUCCUAGGAGCUUGGCCAGGACGGAGCAGCAGCUGCGGCAGUGGCACCAGGAGGCCCCCCUGAGCCCAGCCCACUUCCAGCAGCUGCUGCUCACCAGUCUGGCCUGUGUCUAUCGCCUCCACGCGGCUCUUGAGGGAGAGGAGAAAGGUCACUGGGCUCGACUCUUCGCCACUUCAGGGCAGGAAAUACUCCAGGAUCUGUGCAAGGGCCACUGCCCCCCGGGCCAGACCCCCACGCUGAGUCCUUGGGCCUCCCUGAAUGGCCCGUUCCAACAGCACUAGCCCCGAUGCCCUUCCCUGGGCAGUGGGCAUCACGUGCUGCUUUCUAGCCCACUCCCCUUCCCUGGGCAGUGGGCAUCACGUGCUGCUUUCUAGCCCACUCCCCUUCCCUGGGCAGUGGGCAUCACGUGCUGCUUUCUAGCCCACUCCCCUGCACCUGGCCGCCCCACCCCAAGCCUGGCUUUUCUCCUUCCCGCUCUCCCCCCCUCCCUGGCCCCAGCCCCCUGGAGAGCACGAGGGAAGACAUUGGGCGCCCCGUCCUAAACCGGAGGAGUGCCCCCAUGACGUCGAAUGGCCCUUUUAGCCCCAACCCUCACAGCCAGGGCAAGGUCCACACAAGAAAUGGGGGGAGGGGAACGACAGAAAAGAGAGCGGCCAUCCUAGGAGCAAUGACAGAGGCAGGACUAAGGACACAUGGAGGGACCAGCUGUCCUCCGGGGCAGCCCAGCACAAUGCUUGGCACACAGUAGGGACUCAAUAAAUAUCUAAU